AAGCUGCUGCUAGCUACAAGCUAAGGCUAGCUGGCUACCGAACCGCCCCCAUUGAACUGGACGUGUGGCUAGCUACAAGCUAGCAACCAAUCCUCAUUGACCUGAACGGGGUGCUAGCUACAAGCGGCUAGCUGGCUGACGAGCCGUCCCCAUUGAACAAAAUGGGUUGCUAGCUACAAGGCUAGCUGGCAAACUAGCUGCAAGUAUGAGCUAGCAACCUGGGCUGACAUUCCGUGACAAGGGGAAAGUAAAGAAAAUGGCCAGGUGUUAAUAGGAGUGUGGAGGGAAGGAGAAGAGAUGACUGACACUCCACCCAGUGAUGGCCCUUCACAGGGAGCAGACUUUGACAUGAUAAGUGGACUGGACUGGAAAGAUGGCAUUGCCAGUCUUCCAGGGAGUGACAUUAAGUUUCGCAUGACAGAGUUUGGAACUCUAGAGAUGGUCACGGACCCAGAGGUCAAAAAGAAGGAAGUAGAGGCCGGCAUUGAAACAUCUGACCCAGCACCAGCCCAAAGUCCCACCCCUCCACCAGAGGGAAAAUCAGACACAGCCCCAGUCCCCCCAGCCAAUCAGACGAAAGCAGGUUCAUCUAAAGUCACUGCUCCUGUUCACCUGUCUCUUGAGCCCUGCAGCAAAGAGGGCCCAAGCGUGGAGGUGGGCCCCAGCACGUCGGUAGGCCCCAGCACCGUCAGAGGCUCCAGCAUUGAGGUGGGCCCCAGUGCGGUGGUAGGCCCCAGCGCGGCGGUAGGCCCCAGCGCGGCGGUAGGCCCCAGCGCGGUGGUAGGCCCCAACGUGGACAGGGCCCCCCGCACAGUGGUGGGUCCCAGCAUGGAGGUGGUCCCAAGUGCCAGUGUAGACCCCGGCACAAUGUCAGUGACCUGUGGGGCCUGUGGCAGCUGCGUUUCCCGGGAAACUCUCAUUAAGGGCAAAUUCUGCAGCUUGGCGUGCGCCCAGCCGACAAGUGGCAGGUCGUCCCCAGGAGAGACCAGGGAGAGCCAGGCAGUGGAGUGUGAGAAGCUAGGUAAACGGGUGCGCAAGAAGAGGAAGAUCUAUAUGGACUCUGGGGACGAGGAAGAGGACAACAACCAGGAGGAGGAAGAGGAAAAAGCCAAAUCUUCCAAGGGCAGGAGAGCUGCCAAGCUCGCCAGACUAGUGACAGCCCCGCCCAAUAAGAAGCGUGCGUGGAGCUGGCCUGCAUACCUGGAAGAAGAGAAGGCUGUUGCUGCCCCCGUGAAACUUUUCAAAGAGCAUCAGUCAUUUCCACAGAGCAGGAACAGCUUCAAGGUGGGGAUGAAGCUGGAAGGCCUGGACCCCUGCCACCCGUCCCUCUUCUGUGUGCUCACUGUCGCUGAGAUCCAGGGCUACAGGAUAAGGCUGCACUUCGAUGGCUACACAGAGUGCUAUGACUUCUGGGUCAACGCCGACUCCUGGGACAUCAAGCCAGCCGGCUGGUGUGAGAAGAUGGGACAUAAGCUGCUGCUGCCAAAAGGCUGUAAGGACGGGGAGUUCAAUUGGAGCAUGUAUGUGAAGAACUGCAGAGGGCAGCUGGCUCCCAAGCACCUGUUCAAAAGCCUCAACACGUCUGUGACUCCCUCCGGGUUUCGCAUGGGGAUGAAACUGGAGGCGGUGGACAGGAAGAACCCGUCGUUGAUCUGCGUGGCUAGCAUCGCCGCCGUCGUUGACAACCGCCUCCUCAUUCACUUUGACAACUGGGACGACACGUACGACUACUGGUGUGAUGCCAGCAGUCCAUAUAUCCAUCCAGUGGGAUUCUGUGAAGAGGCUGAGCUCACAUUGACCACCCCUGCCGAGUACAAGCACCCCAAGAGCUUCUCCUGGGACAAGUACAUGGAGGAGACAGGGACACAGGCUGCCCCGGCACGGGCCUUUAAACCGAGACCCCCACACGGCUUCCAGGUGGGCAUGAAGCUGGAGGUGGUGGACAAGAGGAACGCCAUGCUCAUCCGCGUCACCACCAUCUCAGACGUGGAGUACCACAGACUUAAGGUCCAUUUUGACGGCUGGAAUGCAGAGUACGACUACUGGGUGGACACGGACAGCCCCGACCUCCACCCUGUCGGCUGGUGUCAGAAGACUGCUCACCCACUGCAGCACCACACGUCUGAGCCAGGCACUGUGGACAUAGGGCUGCCCCCAGGACAAGGCUGUCCCACCCAAGGGUGCAACGGGGUGGGCCACGUCCGAGGGCCCCGCUAUGGAACACACUACACUCAGGUCAGCUGCCCGUACUCUGAAAUGAACCUCAACAAGGAGGGUCUGGUGCCUGAUCGCCUGAAUGGGGAGCGACCCAUGACCCUCGGAGGUCCGUACCAGCGGGCGCGGCGCCCGGAACUCAACCAGACGAGUCCCUCGACGAUCCUCCCCGCACCCCCGCCGGAGCAGCCAGAAACCCCUGACGACACCCAGGCUACCAAGAAACCUUUGGCAGUUGAAGCGGAGCGAACUGGACGCAAUAGCCAGCCCGAGCCACAAGGUGGAGCAAGCGAGCCGAGCAACAAUGAAGCAGCAGCAGCAGCAACAGCAGUAGUGGUCGUAGCAUCAGCAGCAACAACCACAGCAAGACCAAAACGGUCUGCUCCCGUUCCUAAAUACCUGAAGAUGCAUUAUGUCAAAGAAGAGAUCGGAGAUGGUAAAGCCUCGCCAGACUCUAUCUCUCUGCAGCAGGCCCUCCACGAGUCCGUGUUCUCCCCCGGCAUGUCGGCUUCUACCCCCCAUCGUGUGGCUCUGUGCUGGGACAAACACUGCCAGCUGCUCCCCGAGGUCCUGGGACUCUCCGCCAAGAGAGUCGCCGCCUGGAAUUCUGAGGAGGUGGCCAGUUUCGUGAAAGGACUUCCGGGUUGCAAAGAGCAUGCCGCCACUUUUAGAACAGAGCAAAUAGACGGCGAGGCCUUCCUGCUUCUCACCCAGGCAGACAUCGUCAAGAUUCUGUCAAUUAAACUAGGCCCCGCCCUCAAGAUCUACAACUCCAUCCUCAUGCUGAAGAACGCAGACGAGGAGUGAGAAGAGACCAGCAGCCCGGCCUCAACCCUCCUAGCCCUUAACCGCUCCCUGAGCUCAGCAGGUCUCUGCUCUGAGACAUUGACAUGAGCCCCCCCCCCCCUCUCUCCACAAGAUGGCCUCUCACUAGUCCUCCGACUGCACAGCAGAGGACGAGGAGAGGAGACGGAGGACAGGGAAACAGUCUUUUCCCCCAGCCUGGUCUUUGCCAAGGACUUAAAUGGAAAGAGGUGUUGCAUUGUAAAAUAAGGACUCCCUAUUUAUGUUGUUUUAUUUUGUGUGGUUAUUUUUUGUGGGAAGGGUUGUUGAUAAUUAUAUUUGUCUGAGUCGUUGUAUAACGUCUUAGCUCUAAGCUAAAGGAUCAAAUGGAAAAAGGUAAAUGUUUUUAUUUUUUUGCAUUUACUUGAAAGUGUCCAUUGAAAAAUAACAACAGCUGCACAAACAAUCGUAAGCGAAGGGUUGACAGGGGGACCUUAUUGGGCAGGAGGUUGUUCCUCUGCUUGGUUCCUGGUGUUUACUUCGUCCACAAGCCCUCCAACAGAUCAUUAUCAGAUGAUUCUUGGCCUCCACUUUGAUGAAGCGGGGGGCAUGGGGGCGUGUGAGUGUGUGUGAGUGUUUGUGUGUGUUGGGGUGGGAGGUGCAUGUGUGCCUGUGAGAGUGGUUGAGUAACAACGAUUUAGCACCAGCUUCAAUGUGUUGCAUUUCCUGCAAGGAUUGUUUUUAAUAGGUUACGGAUGGCCAAGGGCUAAUAUUCAGCUUAGCCAGGUGAACUAGUAUGACCAAUCAGCUGUUCUCCCUCCAGUCUGUUAGCUUUUUGGAAUAAACCGCGGAAUUCAAUUGAAUGUAAAAAAAACAAAAAUAUAUAUCUGUUGUUUGGAUUGCUAUUGUUUACUGAAUUCGGUUGUAUUGACCUCUGGCGUUUAGUGUAAAUAGUGUAAAGUAACAUAACAAGCUGUAUUGCUAUGGUAUCCCUGCUUCUUUAUGCAACGGUUUAACCCCGCUGUGUGGCGAAUUAAACUCCAAUUUGUGAAAUCUGAGAAAUAUUUCAAACGCAUUGUAAUCCACUGCACAAUCCAGCGUUAAAUGACGCACGUUUGGCGAUAACGCAUAACGGUAAUUGUUCAUAUUCGGACCGCUUUUAUUUAUGUAUUUUAAUUUAAAGGGUCACGGUACGCAAUUGUGUGUUGAAAGUUUACCCUGUGCUCUGGACGUUUGAGUGGAAGAAAUAAAUGAAACGCGCACUUA